AUGACAAUACAAGAAACAUUAAAUAAACUAGACAAAAAUGCAAAAAACCAAACAAAGAACAUAAGUUUUCAGUAUGGUAAUAAUCAGCCUAAUUUCUCAGGCGAAACAACACUUAACAUUUACGAUCAUGAUAAUCGAAAUACGGAACUAUUAAAGGGCAAUUUAAAUUUGGCUCAAUUUCCUAAUCUGCGGAAAAUUACUUUUGCUUACAAUCUUCGCGUCAAUUCACUUGAAAACAUCGAUAUUAGUGAAAAUACAAAUUUAAAUAGAAAACUAGAACAGUUAAAAAAAGAAACGGAACAAACUCCCACUCUUCGUCAAUUUCAAGAAUUAAAUAAUAUUGCUUUGCCAACCACUGAACUUAAUUUCGAUAAUUUAAAGCGAGAAGUUCAACGGCUCAAAUUAAAAGAUUUUAUUCCUUAUUUUCAAGAACAAAGAGACAACCUUGAUCAACUAAUAGACUCUACCAAAAACAAGGUGGGUGAAAAUUUAGAAAUGUUUUUAGAACUUUGCUUACAAACCCAAAAACAAAUUAGUGAAAGUGAAAAGGAAGAAAAUGAUGCCUUAACUCAAGCCCAACUAAAAGGACAGUUAACUGCUUACCAAACAAUUUUACAAACUAAACUUAACAAAAAAGAGGUAAAAAAUCUUUUGGAGAAGCAGGCUGAAUUCACUCACUUAGAAAAACAACUAAAAAUUUUAGAGCAAGUUCAAGAAGAAAAAACGGAGGCUCAAAUUGAACAAAUAAUUUUUCCAAGGAAAGAUUAA